GGGGCGCCUACUUACUCCGCUCCCGUAGACGAGUAUUUAAAAGAGUUGUAAAUUGUUCUUAUAGCAUAGAAGCAUUUAGAGCCUUGUUAAGUCAAACUGCUUGUUGGAUUGUCUUCGUGAAAAAUGAAGAACUGCCUAGCUUUUGUCGUCUGUGUGAUGGUCGUGUCCGCUCGAACCUACUGGCAUAGGUCGAGAAACGCAGAUCCAGUGACUCCAGAGUGGGAUAAGCUAUCAGAAACGUGGCUGAAGUGGGAUGAGAUACCGCUGACAGUGAGCGAUGCCGUAGCAAAGGGCUGGGGUUUGCGUGAUAAGUGCCAGGCCAGAGCAUAUUUUCAAGGUCAUCGAUACAUUCGCGACGGGGACUUGACGUUGAUGCUGCUAUUUGAUGCAAACGACAAAAUUGCCGGAAUUCAAACUGGAAUUGCAAAAUCAAUUGUGGAGCCAAUGGGGUUGCCAUGGAGGCAAGAAGACGACUCUUACGUCGUCACCGCUUACUUCAAGGAUCCAAGUCUAAUUUGCUCUGAUAAACAUAACUCCAAAGCCAAAUACAUCGGUGAUAGACUUUUGAUCCAAAACAGUUCAAAGUCAAACGGAUUUGUCCGGGUCCCUUUGCUCGAGCGCGGUCUAUUAGGUGGAGUGUGGACUGAGGGAGAGUGCUUCUGGACGAUGGGCAAACUGUACUGGUAUGACCUGCCAAAUGUGUCUGACUGCAAUUCACUAUUGCCUGUAUUUUUGAUGUACACGAACGGAGUCUUGAACGGAUUUGGCUGGAUAUUGCCGUACAAAGUUGACAACCCAAGAUUUGUGCAUCCAACAAAUGUAUCUUUCCCGUAUUUGUUCAAGGGAGGUACCAUUCCAGCCUGUUUUUGGACCGCUGAUCAUCUGUCGAUGAUGCAUCUCUACUUGGAUUCCAACCCCUUUUUUAACAUUUGCUAGAAAGACGUUUCAUGAGUAUUACACAGUAGUUUGCACCGUUGAUUGUUCAGAAAUAUUUGCACUUUUUUCCCAUUAAAGUGUUUUCUCUACAUAAUUAAAUGUUUUGAAAAGGUAUAUCACAAACACUCACGGGGAACGUUUUGGUUUGCAUUCAUUUCAUUGGUAGUAAUGUCAUUUCUAUCACUAUUCUUCAGUUUGUCAAACUUUCCCCUUGGAACUGUAAAAGCAAGUGAUCUGUCGUUGAUCAAAUAUAGAAAUUAACAACA